UAAGGAACUCUAUCAUACAUCAUCGUAAACCAAUUUUUAAAUUUUAAUGUUUCAAAAGGUCUUGAACUUCGAAAAUGUAUGAUUACCCAUGUAUUCCUGUUUUGGGAACCCCUGCUAUAAAUGCAUCCCAUUUCCGUGCGGCACGCUUGCACGAUGUUUUAAAUUCUCUCAUGCCCAAUCACUCGCCAGUCACUCCGACCAUGAACGACCCAGGAAAACCAUCGGUGCCAACCGGGCUACUACUGCUGCUGCUGACAACGACCCUACCAUCCCUGAUAAUCGGUCAAAAUCUGUUCGGCCUAUCACCGCAACUCAGUGGCAUCGGAAAGAAGAAGCUGGUAGUGCACCGGGUCGGUCAAUGUCCGGGCCAGAAAAAUCUACCCAUAUUUGUGCCGGAUAUGCGCGUAGCACCGUACAACGCCACCAACAUGGCCGUCAGCGGUGUCAUCGAGUUCCGAGAAGACUUUCCCAACGGAUGGGACGUUUCGGCGACGGUGAAAAAGUGCGAUGACUUCCGGUCAUCGGCCAGCUGUCGGCCCUACCUGAACAACAUUGCCAACUCGGACCAGUGCAUGCUGCUGCGGAUAGGAGGCGAAAUGAUGUGGAUGAAGUACCUGAAUAGCAUCAGUCCGAAGGCUAUAUGUCCCUUCCGGAAGGGCAACUAUACGUACGGGGAAACACUGGUGGAUGAUGAUUUGGUCAAAUAUAUGCCAGGAAGUGGUACCACCUACUGGGAGGUUGAGAUCAACGGAAAAGUUAAGAAUCAACUGGUGUUGUGCAUCAUAGUGCAAUUGAAUGUGAGGCCAAAGAAAGGCUCAACCUGAGCAUACAUGUAUUUGUUAAUCUAUACAUAAUUAACAAAAUAUCAUGUAUAAAAAUGUCUUAAGAAAUACCCCAUAAAAACAGCCCAAAUGCCUAACAUAGAGUUUGAUCUAAAUGAAGAAGAUAAGAAAUACCAAAAGGAGCACCCAGAAUCUCAGGACACUUUUUGUUAGAGAGCGCAACUAACAUUUUAGCGCUAUAAGCUUAAGUCAUUAG